GGUCUCUUUAAUGAAAAAAAAGCAGCGCAACAAAUAUUCAUAUACAAUGUCAGCAAUAAAAGAGACCCGUUAUCUGAAUAACCGGUCUCUUUGUUAUUUAAAGAAAUCUAACCGUGUUAGGCAGCAAUAGCAGCAAAGAGACCGCCUGUCUAUAAUAGGAGAUCUCUUUGAUAUUUUUUUUUCCGUGACUCACCAUGCACCUACAUAGUUCCGCCCCUGACUAGAUAUCCCAAACUCAUUCCUAAAACCAUUCAUAUUUUUAUGAGCAAUAGCAUUAUAUUUUUUAAUUUUACAAAUAUGUUGUUGAGUAAGUAUUAAUCCAUGAGUAGAAAAUUCAAUAACAUAAUUAUAUUAAAAUUCAGUAACAAUCUAGACAUUACGCGAAGCACAAAUCUAGUUAAAAAUGGUUAAAAGUGUUUUUUUUCCUAAUAAUAAAAUAAAAUAAAAGGAAAGAGUAUAAAACGUCCAAAUGAUACAAUUAUACGACCACAUAUAAACAAACUUAGAUGUCCGUUCAAAAAAAAAAAAAAAAAAAAAAGGAGAUGUAAUGUUCUCUUUCCAAUCCAAACAAACAUGCUAGCUUCAAAACCUCAACUUUACCACCACCGUUCUCAGGUGGUUAAGCAAGUCCUUGCCGUAAUGAUAAGGGAUGGUCCGUUCGAUGCCGCCCCCUCACCUCCACUUUCAUGGACCACUCAAACUAUUUCGGACAUCCUCCGCUCCAUACCCAUUUUCUUCUUCACGCCAACACGCUCUAUUGGCCGUCAACCCAAUCUUUCCCGCCACCGCGCUCCUCUCAAGCAGCGUGAUCUCCGCCAGGAAUCCUUAAAAUAUCAAAGCAAUUUCCUAAUUCUUGGACCUGCAGCCUAUCGAGAUUUAACCCGGGUUGAUCACGGGGUCUCAAAAGCGACCGAGUUUUUCUACUGGGUCGAAUCCCACGCCGGGUUCACCCACAACGAGAUUACCGUCAGAGAGAUGGCAAUUGUGUUGGCUAAGGCUAAUAAAUUGAGUCAACUGUGGAAUUUUCUUAGGGAAAUGAGUAGGGAAGUAGAUUGUGAGCUAGUGACCACCACGUCUAUCACCUGUUUGAUGAAAUGCUUAGGUGAAGAAGGGCUUGUAAAUGAAGCAAUGCAGGCUUUCUAUAGAAUGAAACAGUUUCACUGUAAACCUGAUGUUUAUGCUUAUAAUACUGUCAUUUUGGCUCUUUGUAGAGUUGGGUUCUUUGUGAAAGCUAAGAGUUUGCUGCAGCAAAUGGAGCUACCUGGGUUUCGUUGCCCGCCUGAUACGUACACCUACACAAUUUUGAUAAGCUCUUACUGCAAGUAUGCCCUGCAGACCGGGUGUAGGAAGGCCAUUAGGCGGAGGUUGUGGGAAGCGAAUCAUCUCUUUCGUCUAAUGUUGUUUAAGGGUUUUGUUCCUGAUAUUGUCACUUACAAUAGCUUAAUUGAUGGGUGUUGUAAGACUAAUAGGAUUGAAAGAGCUCUUGAGCUCUUGGAAGAUAUGACUAAGAGGGGUUGUUUACCAAAUCGAGUUACGUAUGACUCUUUUAUUAGGUACUAUAGUGCUGUGAACGAGAUCAAUAAGGCUAUUGAGAUGUUGCGAAGAAUGCAAGAGCUGAAUCAUGGAACUCCCACGACUAGCUCUUACACACCUAUCAUUCAUGCUUUUUGUGAAGUCGAGAGGGCGUCUGAGGCUUGGGAACUUCUUGUGGAGCUGGUGGAUGGAGGUUUGAUUCCGAGGGAAUACACUUACAAGCUGGUUCUUGAUGCCUUACAUUGCAAUGGAAACGCAAAUAAGCUCAAUGAAGAAACAUGUAGAAUAAUUGAGGAUGGUAUAAUAGUUAGAUAUAAGCAAAGAAUGAAGGAUAAACCUUUUAUGAAUCGAAAAGGUUCUAUGCUUGUAAUUGAGGAGCAUUAAUUCGAAUUAGUUCAAUUUUGACAAAA